UUUGCUUAUAGACAUCCAUUUGCAGGAGCAUCAAGUGGUAUUGGAUCUGAAACCAGCCGUGUUCUUGCUCUGCGUGGAGUUCAUGUUAUCAUGGCUGUCAAAAAUAUGGCUGCUGGAAAAGAUGUUAAAGAAGCAAUAGUUAAGGAAAUCCCUGCUGCUAAAGUUGAUGUAAUGGAGUUAGAUCUUAGCUCAUUGGCAUCAGUAAGGAAAUUUGCGGCCAACUUUUUAUCAUCAGGUCUCUCGUUGAACAUGCUAAUUAAUAAUGCAGGAGUGGGGGGAAUUCCCUUUAUGCUUUCCAAAGACAACAUAGAGCUGCAAUUUGCCACAAAUCAUCUAGGUCAUUUUCUUUUGACAAAUUUGUUGUUGGACAAGAUGAAGGAGACAGCACGUACAACAAAGAGAGAGGGAAGGAUUGUGAAUGUUUCCUCACGGCUUCAUAGAUUGGGAUAUAGCAAGGGAAUUCAGUUUGACAAAAUUAAUGACCCCAAAAGCUACAACAUCAUCGGUGGAUAUAGCCAAUCAAAGCUGGCCAACAUACUGCAUGCAAAUGAGCUUACAAGACGCUUAAAGGAAGAUGGAGUGGAAAUAACUGCAAAUUCACUUCAUCCUGGGGAAAUCACAACCAACAUUUUUCGUCAUAUGCGUGUUGUUGAUGGUCUUGUAAGCACGCUUGGAAAAUUUAUCUUUAAAAAUGCUCAACAGGGAGCAUCAACCACCUGUUAUCUUGCAUUACAUCCACAAGUGAAGGGGGUAAGUGGUGAAUAUUUUCAGGACAACAAUUUGGCCACGCCAACAGCGAUGGCUAAGGACAUGGAUUUGGCUAAGAAACUCUGGGAUUUUAGUAUGGAUUUGGUCAAGUACCAUCUAACAUGUACCAAUACAACAUAAAAGUAACUUUGUAUUUGUUAGUUUUUUAUCUUAUUGGAGAUGGAUUUCGGGCAAUAUUCUUACGAUAUCAUUUAUUUAGGAGAAAUCGAGAGAGGAUUAAGAACACAUUUAUUAUACUUGUGAACAAAUUCGAUGAGAA